GCUAUCAAUAUCUGCUUGAGAUAUUGCCUGGAGGGACUCUUAAUGUUUUACGUCUCAUAGACUUAGCAUGGGGAUUUGGUUAACCAGUUAAAAUUCAUGAGUAAACCAGAUUUUUUUUUUACCUGAAAAACCUGAAAAAACCCCUCGCUACAGGCCUGACAGUAUCCACAAUGUCUCAUUUGGGUGUAGUGGCAGUUUUAACUAAACAAACUUCUCUGUUUUUUCAGCAUUUUGGGGACUAACUUGGUAAAAUGAAUUAACACUUGAAAAAUUUAAAUUGAGACUUUCAAAAUAUGUAAGCAGUAAAAUGCAAUCAAAUGGAAUGUUUGCCUGGCGUAUGAUUUAAGAACACAUUUCUUUAAACAAACUAAGAUAAAAUAAUUAUUACACAGACAAGCAAAUUAGAUAAGGAUCUAAGCUUAAAAACAUAAUGCAUGUAUUUGUCAAGUCUCUGAUGGUUUUCUCUGAUUAUGUCUCUGGAAGCCAAAAAGUCCUAUCCUUUAAAGAUCUGUCAAACUCCCUUGUAUAGCCAUACAAGAUAGUUUAGAAUUCAGAAAACUGACUUAUUGGACUAUAACUCUCAAUAUGAAUCCUCCAUUCAGCUAUGCCCAUAUUGUGGCAAUUGUGAGAAUUGUAGUCCAAAAAGUUACUUUUCAAGAUUUUGAGCUAGUAGCCGUCCCCUAAGCUGAUAUCAUUGAAUUCCAAAUAUGGCUUGUUUACUGAAUAAAGAAACUGUAGAGUUAACAAACUAUGCUGUUUUGCAGGUCUGGGAAAAUAAUCUGGAUGUAAUGUUUGAAGAAAACACCACCACAAAAACCAAGGAGUUUAUAUUUAUAGGAUUAACACGAAAUUCUACACUGCAGUUCAUUUUCUUUUUUGUAUUCCUAGGUAUUUAUGUAAUUACAUUGGUUGAAAAUCUAGGAAUGAUCAGCUUAAUAAGGACCUGUCCCCGACUCCAUACUCCAAUGUACUUCUUUCUCAGCAGCCUAUCUUUCCUUGACGUAUGCUUCUCUUCUGUGUUUGCUCCAAAAGCACUGAUGAACUUCCUAGCAAAUAAAAAGUCCAUUUCCUUUACUGGAUGUGCAGUGCAAAUGUACUUUUUUGUUGGACUGGGGAGCACAGAAUGUUUUCUUCUGGCUGCCAUGGCAUACGAUCGCUAUGUAGCCAUCUGUAAGCCAUUGCUUUACCCAAUCCUCAUGUCUCCUAGAUGUUGUAUUCUUUUGGUGGCAGUGUCAUAUUUUCUUGGGCUUUUGCAUUCUCUGCUUCAUACAAUAUUCAUCUUCAGACUGUCAUUCUCUGGAUCCAAUGUGAUCAAUCAUUUCUUCUGUGACAUCACUGCACUCUUAACAAUUGCUUCUUCUGAUACCUACAUCAAUGAACUCCUGAUCUUUUAUGUGGCCGGGCUUGUCGAAGUCAUUACCAUCCUCAGUGUCCUCAUUUCUUAUUCACAUAUUCUUGCCAACAUAGUGAGGAUCAGCUCAGCCUCAGGCAGACUCAAAGCCUUCUCUACUUGCACAUCACACCUGACCGUGGUCACCAUCUUCCACGGGGCCAUUCUCAUUCUGCAUUUCCGGCCCAAGUCUAGCAGUGGAUUUUCUGUCCAAGAUGUUGGUGACAAAAUUCUGUCUGUGUUCUACACCAUUGUCAUUCCUAUGCUGAAUCCCUUGAUAUAUAGCCUGAGAAAUAAAGAGGUGAAGAAUGCUCUCAAAAAUAUUCAAAGGAAGGUGUGUGAAAAAAUGAGUAUGUAAUGAAACUUUGAAUAGGGAAACCAAUGUGACUGUUUAAAAAACAAUAACAUGUUUUAAAAUGAAUGAUUGAUACACUGAUAGAUCUUUCAGAAUACCACUGCUCUUAUGUAUGUCAUCCCUGCCCCCCCAAUGAUUUAGUUGACAUUCAAUUGAAUCAAUAAGUGAAUAAAUCUCAUUGAUGAAUCUGCUUUAGCAAGGGCUAGCAACUGGAUUUAGUCUUUAAUAGAAGGGGGAAAUGUUCUUUGCUGUAAUGUAUCAGAUGCAUGGCAUAUUAACUGCAUGGCAUAUGGAGAUGUAAUGAUAUGUGAGCAGAAGUUAGUAUUGCAUCCUAAAGGCUUCAGAUAUAAUAAUGUUUAAUGUUUUAUCAAGGGAUUGUCAAUUUGAUGUUUUAUAU